AUGAAUGAGAUCUUCAAAAUAUUGCGAAAAGCAGAAGGCGCUGCUUCAUGUUCCGCUGCCAAUAGCAGUCGAUCACUUUGGUUGAUCACAUUCGGUGCUGGUACAGAUCCAUAUUCUCAACAAACUCCCUCUCAUUUCAAUUUCACCACCACUUAUCAACAACGAUUCGACGGUGAUUCCAUUGUAGCACAGUUUGCACUGAUGAAUAAAGUGACAAAUUUGUCCGAGAGACACGCUGGAGCAGAAGAUCAUACACCAAACGAUGCUAACGGAUAUAUGAUGCUGAUCGAUUUGGCUACCUAUGAUGGUAGUGUGAUAUUCAACACUACUGUUCACGGUCUUUGCAUCGAUUCACAGUAUGAAUUUUCAGCAUAUUUCGCAAAUAUCGUCAAAAAGGGACGCAAUUUGCUUGAGCCAAACAUUUGUUUGUUGGCCACUCAACACAUCGGUCAUAACCUUUCAGUUCAACGAUCAUGGACGGGAAAUUUACCCGAGUACAACGAACUAACUUGGUCCAAGCAUGGACUUUUGUUUACGGCAUCAACGAGCUCAGUAGUUUUACAGAUGAUUGCGAAAGACAAUUAUGGCAAAGGGAGAGACUUAGUAAUUGAUGAUAUAGAACUACGUGUGUGCUCAAGUGUUUCAUCGGGCUAUUGUCCAUCAGUGCGCACCACAUAUCUAACGCCGUACAUUCAAACUGUCUUUUCAGAUGAGCCAACAACUGCACAAAACUCAAUUACUUCGACUACAGAUCCAAAUCGAACAUCAACAGCUGCAGACAUGUCAUCGGCGUCGACAGCAACAUCGGGAAUUAUCGAUUCAUGUUCCGUUGGCAACAGUAGUCGAUCACUUUGGUUGAUCACAUUCGGUGCUGGUAUAGAUCUAUAUUCUCAACAAACUCCUUCUACUUUCAAUUUCACCACCACUUAUAAACAACGAUUCGACGGUUAUUCCAUUGUAGCACAGUUUGCACUGAUGAAUAAAGUGCCAUCUAACUCGGAUUGGCAUGCCGGAUCAGAAGAUCAUACACCGAAUGAUGCUAACGGAUAUAUGAUGCUGGUCAAUUUGGCUGAAAAUGAAGGUAGUGUGAUAUUCAACACUACUCUUCAUGGUCUUUGCAUCGAUUCACAGUAUGAAUUCUCAGCAUAUUUCGCAAAUAUGGUCAAAAAGGGACGCAAUUCCCCUGAGCCAAACAUUUAUUUGUUGGCCACUCAAUACAUCGGUCAUAACCUUUCAGUUCAACGAUCAUCGACGGGAAAUUUAUCGGAGUAUAAUCGACUAACUUGGUCCAAGCAUACACUGCUGUUUACAGUACACAACAGUUCAGUGAUUUUGUCAAUGGUACCAGUCGGUGGUAAUUGGUUUGGAAGAGAUCUAGUGAUUGAUGAUAUAGAACUACGUGUGUGCUCAACUGUUUCAUCGGGAUCUUGUCCAUCAGAAUGUUACAAGCCCGUUAUCAACCUUCAAUCAUCAAUAUCUCAAGAAAUUCGGCAGGAUCAAAAUAUCUUGAUAACAUCAAAUAUUCGACCGCAUUGUGUUGAAUUGUCAUUCAUUACGAUGAAAUGGAUUCUUCUCACCUGCUCACCAACAUGUUUAAGUCUAACUCUAUCUGAUCGAUCAAUUGACACAUCGUACAAAGAUCUCUUCAUUCCUAGUCAAAGUCUCGCGUGUGGGUCAUAUAGAAUCUACUUAAAAGUAACAAUCACGGCUAAUUCCACAGUAGUAUCAUCCUCUUCAAUAGACAUUCGAAUAAUUGAAUCAACUCUCAUUACAAAUCUUAUUCCAAAGCUUCUUCCGUAUAAUACGUUGUUUAUUACAUAUGAUCACGAAGAAGAUCUUAUUUUCAAUCCUGGUGAUUAUUCUAUCGAUCUUCAUCAUAUCAAAUUCAAUAAAAAUGAUUGGUUCUAUGAAUACUAUUGUCGUAUCAGCACGAUGGAUAAUGAUGCAUUUCAUUCGUUUGAAGAUUCAGCUCAAAGUUGUUUCUCCAACAAAUCAAAUUCGUGGACAUACAAUGAUUCUAUCCAUUCCUCGCUUGCAAUCUUCGCCCAAUCAUUGCAAAUCAAUGAGACAUACGAAUUUCUUGUACAAAUCACUCAUCGAAACGAUUCAUCUGCACGAGUCAAUGGUUCUUUGAAGGUGAAAAUCGUUCAUACUCAAUCUCCAUUGAUUAUGAUUAGUUGUGUCAUUUCAUCGAUGUGUUCGCCCAAUUUGCCAUUUCACUAUGUUAACCACAAUGCACAACUUUCGCUUUAUUCGUUCUGCUACCUGAACUGCGCAUCUCCUCUGAAUGUGUCAUGGAAUGUCUAUCGAGGGACCAUCAAUGUGACGGAUCAAACAGUUCAAUGGACUUUAUUUAUUCCUCAAGAUCGAAAACUGGAAAUUUUAGGUUUACAUACGAGAAACUUGUCGAUAACGAAAGAUUUGUUUUCUGAAAAUAAACAGAUCAUCUAUUGGCGUUUUGAAGUCAUUUAUUCAUUCGAAUUGUUCACUCAUCGAAACACAUUCGAUAUUGAACUGAAUGAUCCACCAAUAAAUGGUUCUUGUUCGAUUGAUCCUUCAAAUGGAACGAUGAUGACUCUAUUCAGAAUUCAAUGUUCGAAUUGGACUGAUCAAGAUCCAAUUAGAGACUAUUCGAUCUAUGGUUUCACUCCAAACUCAUCCAAAACGAUGAUGUUGGCUUAUUCAACUGAACCAACCAUCUAUCUUCGUUUGCCAACAAAUUUUAAUCUGAUUGUGAAAAUUCGUGAUACAUUCGGUUGCGUUGCUCACUACUCGUUGCCGAAAGUCAUUGUAACGAAAGAAGAUGCUCUUAACAAAUCAAUCCUUGGCCAACUUUUUGGUCAAGAUCCGAAACUUAUUGGACAACUAAUUCUGUCCACUUCAUACAUAUUCAAUGAAAUUCACCGACAAAGCCGGACGAGUCUAUCAAUCACACCUUUGCACAGCGAAAAUCUCGAUCAAAUGACCAAUGUCACAAAUGCUUCAACCAUCGUCAAUACCAACGAACAUGCUGAAAUUCGUGAAGAAUUACUCAAGAUUAUGAAUAAUUUCUCCACUACAACUCGAAAUGAACUGAAAUUUCACGCAUCAAUACUUUCCAUUUUAACUCAAACAGCAAAUGAAUUAACCAAAACAACUUGCGUAAGAUAUGCGAAGCAUCUAUUCGUUCUUCAUUGUGAAUAUCAUACANGGCAAAAGUUCAAUUACACUAUAAUGCAACCAUUGAUGAUCUUAUUGACGCUUUGCCUGAUUCAUUACGGCAAACACAUCGUUGGUUUUCAAUUGCACGCAGUCCUAUGCCGUGCUCGUCAUGCCAAUUCAAUAUUCGUUGAUUUACCAAUAUGCCUUAUAGGUUACACUUCACCACGAUACAUGAACAGUGGUUAUACAUCCAGGAAUAAACUUGAUGGCUAUAAUCUACGUGCUUUUCAGGGUAUGUUUCGUUCCAAACAAAAGAACAAAUCAUUUCAUGUUAAAGGCCAAUCCGGCGAAGCACAAUCAUUUACAAUUGACAAUUUAUUAUUUACGUUCGCUCCAUGUUGUGCUAAUCGUGACACAUUCAUUGAUGUAGAGUAUCUUUUUUCGCCCAAUGCCGAACAAUUUCGUCUACCAGAAUGUGUUUGUCUAUUUAAAACGAGCUAUUCCGAUGAAAACGAUAAACUAAAUGACAUGCCAACAGUCGCAGUAAGAAAUGAAGCGAAUGUCAAACUGUACACAUGGAUACCAUCAUCGCCCUAUUGGUUCUCUUACAGAGAUCAGCCGAAUCGUUUAUCACGCAUUGGAGGUGUUCAUGCACUGGUUCGUCAUGUUGAAAUCAUUCCCAAGUCACUUUAUUUUCCACCUGACAUAUUCAUUCAGAGUGCUGUUGGAAAACUAUUCGACCAACGGCACAAGCCUGUGCCAUGUGAGUACCUGAAGAUAUGUGAGGUUGAUUCGCAACGUUUUCCACAUCAAGCCUACCACGGCACCAACAUCAAUGUUAUUCUGUCGAUAUUGAUGGAUGGACUUGUUAUGCCAAGCACAGUAGUUUCCACAGGUUAUCGAGUUUGCCCACCGGCAGGUCAUAUCGCUCGAGGAGUGGCAGCUUUUGGAAUUGAUGAUUUUGCUAAUGCACUGUUCGUCAGUCCAAGUAUACACUAUUGUUCGGAUCCUGUUUAUGCAGUGACAUUUUCUUCUGGUGAUCGCCGAAUGAUAGCCGUGCUCGAUUGUCGAAUUGAACACGACAAGUUUAGUGCGUUUCGAAGUACUGUUCCAACGUAUGUCGCGCAUCCUGGUGAUGAUUUGAACGCUAUUGAGUGGCGUAUCACACGACCGUCGGCAAUUCAAAUCGUUGGCAUCAUCUUCAUUCCUAUGAUGGAAUCACGCUCAGCAGCAGCACGUUUACGAGCAAACAAACUAGGUCUUAAGGAUGAUGAAGUUCAUUAA